GUGCCUUAUACAUAUCAUCUCAAACAAAAUGUCAUUGUUUUAGUUGACGUUUUUCAAUAGAAAUGUCAAUGAAUGAUCAAAAGAGUGAAAGUGUCAAGUGAGGGAGGAAAGUCGGAAACUUUAUAAUUUUUUGAGUUUACUGAACAAAUAUUUGUUAUAGGUGCUAUAUUGUAAACGAUAAUUUUGACCACAUAUAUUAUCGUGCAACAUAUUCUCAAAGAAAAGCAAUAGUAUUCCACCAAAUACAUGUUUUGUAUUAUGGUUUAAUUUAUUGUAGAUACAGAACGUCGCUUGAUAAAGCAUCGUUGGCAUACUUUAUAGAGUGUUUAAAAGUGUAAAAUUGUGUUACACCCUAUCAAAGAUAUGGCUACACGUAAAAGAAGUGGUUCUGGGUCUAAAAGACACCUGAAGGAGAAAGUUGUACAAAUCUAUGAGUCUUUCUUUAGGGGUGAAGAUUUAACCACUGAUAAUGCCACAUUCUGGGAUGAAUUCUUUCUCCUCAAGCCUAAAAUUCCACAACUUGAAGCUGAGAUUCACAAGCUGACUGUAGAACAGCUCAUGAGCAUGAAAGAUAGUAUUAAUUUACUUGUAUCACAAUGUAUUGAGAUGUUAGGGCAAGAACAUCACAUAAGAUUGGUGUAUGCACUUCAAACUCUCAGUGCUCUUUUGAUAACAAUGUACCAAAGAGCUGCCCAAGACUCAAAUGUCAAUAUUAAAACAGUGUUAAUUGGAUCAGAUAAUCCUGACAUGAAAAUGCAAAAGUUGUUUGAACAUUGUAGCACCAUUUUAUCAGGUGAUGUUCCAGACAGUUUAAAGUCAAUGGUUCUAAAGCUUCUUCUAGUAAUAGCAACAGGACUUGACAACAUAGAUGAAAAUCCUCUGGUGGAGUAUUUUAUGCAGAACUCAUUGUUUGAGUCCCUAAUACAAUUACUUUGCACCUCUACAGAAAGACAACACCACGGGUAUGAUGUGGUCAUGCUGUUGAUGUUUUUAGUAAACUAUAAAAAACAAGAAUCUGCUAAUCCUUAUGUUGUGAAAUUAUCCAUACUAGAUGAUGAAUUAGCUUUGAAUGGGUACGGACAAGUUAUUACGGCAGCUCUGAAUGACUAUGUGAUGUCAACAUUUGGCAGUAUGCAGGGAGGUGGAAGUGGCGGUGGUUGGCUCUCUUCCUUCACAAGUAUGGUUGGUGGGAUAUUCAUGACCAGUGAUGAGACACAACCGGUUAUCAGAGGACAGAGGGGCAGUGGUGCUGAAGAAGGGAUGUUACUGGCAUUGUAUGAGGCAGCUCAUUUGAAUCGCAACUUUAUGACAACACUGGCCCAUUCCUCGUCAGCUGCAGCUUCAUCAGCGCCGCCUUCUCCGCCGGCUACGUUACCACCUCAUCAGACUCCGCCAAAUUUAAGUCAAAUACAAGCUCUUGAUAAUGAGCAACCUACCAACUUGCUAGUCACAUUCUUCCAAUAUUGUUCCAUUGUAAUGGCAGACACACGCAGCGAAGCUAGCAUUAAUAAAUGCAGUCUAUGUUUCAUAAUACUUACUUGUAUAGUGGAAGAACAAUUUGCAAAUUCAAUUAUGCAUGACCAGAAUCUAACUUUUAAGGUACAACUGUAUAGGCUCCCAAUGCGUCAUAGGAAAAUAGUUCUCGAAGAGCCACCAUCCCAGCCAUUGGCAUCUACUCUAAUAGAUCUCCUCGUCGAGUUCAUAAUGUGUCAUUUACUAAAGAAGUUUCCUGGGGAACUCUAUCAGUUGUGCAUAGGGGUGUUAUUGCGACUACUUAGCUACCAAAAGCGAUGUCGCGUGAGACUAGCUAGAGACUGGCGACCUCUAUGGGCUGCACUGAUUGCCCUCUUAAAGUUCUUAGUUACCAACGAGAGCACUUUACUGAGGAGACAUAACAUUUUCAUCAUGAUCCAACAGGUCGUGAACAUUUUCAACGUGUUUAUCACGUUUGGCGAUACCUUCUUGCCAACCCCUGUAUCUUAUGACCAAUUGUACUACGAACUUAUUCGGAUGCAUCAAGUAUUCGAUAAUCUGUUCUAUAUGGCGUUGCGAUAUUCGACCAGUGAUGGUGAAUUUAAGGCAGAGGCGCUGCGUCUAGCCAACUGUUUGGUAAAUGUUCGAGCUAUUAUACAACACUUCUCGCCCAAAAUUGAGGCCUGGCUGGCCAUGCAAAACCUUUCCACACCCACUGAAGAUCAGAUUCUAGAAGUAGUCAGAAAGAACUAUGACAGUCUGAUCCUGAAGCUACAAGAAGGACUAGAAUCGUACGAGCGGUACUCAGAACGAGAACAUCGUCCCCUCCUGUCGCGUCUAGUGCUGGCAGCACGGCAGAGGAGCGACAACUCGGCAUUACAUCAUCACACUGCAGCUGCAUUGGAACAUUACACCAGCAUUUCCUGAAAGUAUUAAGUAUAUCACACUCACGGGGCGCACGAUUCAGUUGAAGCCAUAGUACGAGUUUAGUUUACGAGUCAAUUUAGCGCUUUGAUUGGCCGGCUCUAAUGAACCAGCCAAUCAGAGCGCCGAACGCGGUCUUGUUUCUAUUACUUUAAACGUAAAACAAACUCGUACACCACUGUUUACGACGCCCGCAAAAUCUUCAACGUCGAUAGACUAUUUUACAUGUUAAGGCUAGCGACGUUAACAUAAAUAACAAAAAAAAAAUAUGGCUGUUGUCAAGGUAAACGCACUUUUAGGUCAUUUCAAAUUUUGAAUGAGUAUGUGAUAAGUAGCAGAAUCAGCUGUCCCUGAUCGUUUAUUUAUAACUGAUAGUUUAUUAUGAAAUUAUGUACACACUUAUGUAUUUAUUUACAUCUUUGUAAGCCUAGUCGUUGCUAGCAUUUAAACUUAUAGAAUACAGAAUGGCUAUAAAAUGAUAUCUUAAUUUUAAAACUCUAUCUUUUUUUUUAACUUGUAAGGUCAUUAGGUGGCAUAGAUAGAUCAUAUCAAUGUGAAUUGAUAUCACUGAUAAUUAAAUUGUAUUACCAAAGUUAAAAUUUAAUACCAGUUGUGACAAGAUUGAAGGAUAUAAAGAUAAUUACCUACUAUAGUGAUAUAAUAUGUCUUUUACUAUAACUUAAAUAUAUAAGUUUAUUUUUAGUGUUGUAUUGUAUUGUAAGGUAUUCCUAUAUUUUAUUUACUAUUAUUGAAUGUUAUGUAAGGUUUAGUAUUUAGUAUUUCUAUUUGGUUGUUGUGUAAACCCGAACGAGCAUUAAACUAAAUUAAUCUAUAUUCGUAAAUAACAACUAUUACUGCAAGACAUUAACCUGACUAUCAAAUACAUAGGAAAAAAUGUUUGACAUGGUAAUGUGGGGACUGUAAACUGCAAUACAAACAUCAUGUGGUAAUUUGAGGCCUGAAACUGUGUUAAGCGGGACACAUAGAUUCUGAGAGGACGCGACGGUUGGCGAUAAGGAUAACUGAUGACUCAAGUUCCUAGUGCUAACUUUACCUAUCUACCGUUCUCUUUGUUAAACGUGAGAAAUUGUCUAUAUGAAUUCUUAGAAUUAGACCAUAUCGUUUAAGUUGUACCUAAUUGUGACAAUGUUAAAAAUCUGUAAGAAAUUGAUGAAUUCUUCAAAUAUAGCUUGAGGUAUUUGUUAUAAUCUUUUGAACUACCAUGCUUAGAAAUCGUACCUAUAUAGUCCUCCUUACCGUAAUCGGCAGGGAGGACUAUAUAUACAUUGUCUCAUAGGAAAACGUGUGAAAAACGCUUACGUUUUGUUUAAGAAUGUUACAGCAAUACCAAUCCUCUCCCAUCCCAAAGGCAACGCACUUGUGGCCCCUCUGAACUCUUCCAGUGUUACGGGUGUCCAAGAGCAGUGCCGAUUGCUUACCAUCACGUGGUCCGUCUGCUCGUUUAUCAUCCUUCCCUACAAGAUAAAUGUAACUGGCGAAGUCGUAGAUAUUGUUACGUUUUACUAAACGGUCCUUAUAAAGUUAAUUCGCAAAGUGUCGAAAGAUCGAAAUGCAUUUUUCUCCAACCGUGCGUGUUACGACUGGCGGGCACGGCGCACUAUGGCUUGAGUACCACGUCGGAUCCUGUCCAACGCAUCACUUUUGUAUGAAACCACACAAGCUUAAGUUUCAGUCCUAACACCUCAUAGGUAUUGCAAGUUAUGUUGAAAUUAUGUUUUAGAUGCUUAGUAUACCUAUUUAUAUUAUUGGCCAUGUAUUUUUAGAAGUUAUUAUACAUAUUUAAACAGUAAUCUUAGAUUAUUUAGACAUUGUAACAGAUUAUCAUUAAACAUUGAUGAAUUUGAAUAAAAGUGUGUAUGAGAGCGAAAAUAAUUUUGAUAUAUGUAUAGAGAGUUUUAAAAUGUGAAGUAUAUUAAAAUAGUUAUUAAUUUAAUAAAUUAUUUUUGUGGA